CUGCAUCGGCGCUCGACUUCGCCAAUCCGCCACUCUUGCAUCGAUUGCUCUCGCCUGGCCGGUCACGUGUUUAAUGCCAAAAAACAAGAUGGAGGCGCCGUCGCAGGAAGUGCAGCUUGCCGCAGCCAAAAAGCCAACAGUGCGAGGACCUCGACGUGUAGCCAAUCAAAUCCCUGAUGAAAUAACCAAUGACCCCGAGUUAAAGGAGGCCAUGAAGGUAUUACCUGCAAACUACAACUUUGAGAUCCCGAAGACUGUAUGGAGAGUGAGACAAUCACAGGCUACAAGAGUGGCUCUACAGCUUCCGGAGGGCCUGCAGAUGUUUGCCUGUGCCAUCGCCGACAUCAUUGAAAGGUUCACGGAAGCGGACACCAUCGUGAUGGGGGACGUGACAUACGGGGCGUGCUGCGUGGAUGACUUCACCGCCCGGGCCUUGGGAGCUGACUUCAUGGUGCACUAUGGCCACAGCUGUCUGGUCCCCGUAGACUCCACCGGCGGCAUCAAGAUGCUCUACGUGUUUGUGGACAUCCAGAUGGAUAAUGCACACUUCCUGGACACGGUCAAGUUCAACUUCACCCCCGGACAGUCCCUGGCGCUGGUCAGCACCAUUCAGUUCGUGGCUGCACUACAGGCUGUGAGUGCCGCCCUCAAGGCGGAGUACGAGGUGGUGGUCCCGCAGUGUCGACCUCUGUCCCCGGGGGAGAUCCUGGGCUGCACCUCUCCUCGUUUGGACCGCAAUGUCAAUGCCAUUAUUUAUCUGGGAGAUGGACGAUUUCACCUGGAGUCGAUCAUGAUUGCAAAUCCCGAUAUUCCUGCCUACAGGUAUGACCCCUAUAGUAAGGUCUUCUCCAGGGAAUACUAUGACCACGAGGCCAUGCGUGCCUUUAGGCUGGAGUCCAUCGACAAGGCUCGCUCAGCCCAGAGAUGGGGCCUCAUUUUGGGCACGCUCGGCCGUCAGGGAAGCCCAAAAGUUAUGGAGCACCUGGAAUCAAAGCUGCAGUCGCUGGGCAAGAGCUUCACUCGAGUUCUUUUGUCUGAGAUUUUCCCCAGCAAGUUGGAUCUGCUGCCUGAUGUCGACGCAUGGGUCCAGAUUGCGUGUCCUCGACUGUCAAUCGAUUGGGGCUCGGCCUUCUCCAAGCCCCUGCUGUCUCCCUACGAGGCAGCUGUGGCUCUCCAGGAGAGCACCUGGAAGGAGGUCUACCCCAUGGACUUCUACUCCAACCAGAGCCUGGGGCCUUGGACCCCCAACCACCCGGACCACCGGCCCGUGCGGGCGCCACGCACCCAGGCUCAGAAACCAGGCUGCCAGCCAGGAAAGGUGUGUACCCAAACGCAGUGCGCCCCCGGUGGCUGCUAACCAGGCGGCAUUUGACUCUGAAAGUGGGCAUUGGUGCAGGAAUAAAAAGCAGAAAAGUGCAUAAAGAAUGUCUCAGUGCUCGCUGCUGCAAAUAGAUCAAACCUGGCUGUGCCUGCAUAUAUUCCAGACAUAGACCCCCGUGCAGGGCUCAUGUUUAUGAAUGCAUGAAUCACUGCCUCUCUCGCUCCUCCUGUAACCGAGACACGCCUUCAGGUAUUUGAAGUCAAUGACCAAGAGUCAGAUUAUGGUGACUUUAAAUUAGGGCUGUGAAUCUUUGGGUGUCCCACGAUUCCAUUCAAAAUCGAUUCUAGGGGUCACGAUUCCAAUUAAAAAUCGAUGUAUUCAUUUUUUUCAAUUCAACACGAUUCUCGAUUCAAAAACGAUUUUUUUUUAAUUGAUUUUUUUUUUAAAUUUUUUUAAUGAAAACUAGGGAUGUCCGAUAAUGGCUUUUUGCCGAUAUCCGAUAUUUUGGUUAAUUUAAUAGUUAAAACAAAUUUAAAUAAUGGAUCCCAUAUUCCAAUAUAUUACUCAUUAUUAUCUCAACUAAAUGCAGUUUUUUUCUACUGAUAUCAUCUCCAUAGCUUGUGUGUAGCAGUCAGUAUGAGUUGGACUGUCAACAUCUAUCAAUAUUUUUAAUAUUACCCUUUUUGUUAUCAUGCAUAUUGAAAGAAAUGCAUUUUUACUCUUUGAUGACACGUUACUAAAUUGAUGGAGAUCCCCAAGAAUACAAGUUUGCAGUGUCAUUGGGAUGUUUAUAUUAAGGACUGUGAUUGCUUCUUUUGUUAUUUUCAACCAUAACUCUUUUAUUCUCUGACAAAAUCGAUUCUAGGUGUCACGAUUCCAAUUAAAAAUCGAUGUAUUCAUUUUUUUCAAUUCAACACGAUUCUCGAUUCAAAAACGAUUUUUUUUUUUUUUUUUUUUUUUUUUUUUUUUUUAAAUGAAAACUAGGGAUGUCCGAUAAUGGCUUUUUGCCGAUAUCCGAUAUUUUGAUUCAUUUAAUAGUUAAAACAAAUUUAAAUAAUGGAUCCCAUAUUCCAAUAUAUUACUCAUUAUUAUCUCAACUAAAUGCAGUUUUUUUCUACUGAUAUCAUCUCCAUAGCUUGUGUGUAGCAGUCAGUAUGAGUUGGACUAUCAACAUCUAUCAAUAUUUUUAAUAUUACCCUUUUUGUUAUCAUGCAUAUUGAAAGAAAUGCAUUUUUACUCUUUGAUGACACGUUACUAAAUUGAUGGAGAUCCCCAAGAAUACAAGUUUGCAGUGUCAUUGGGAUGUUUAUAUUAAAGACUGUGAUUGCUUCUUUUGUUGUUUUCAACCAUAACUCUUUUAUUCUCUGACAAAAUCGAUUCUGGGGGUCACGAUUCCAAUUAAAAAUCGAUGUAUUUAUUUUUUUCAAUUCAACACGAUUCUCGAUUCAAAAACGAUUUUUUUUUUUUUUUUUUUUUUUUUUUAAUGAAAACUAGGGAUGUCCGAUAAUGGCUUUUUGCCGAUAUCCGAUAUUCCGAUAUUGUCCAACUCUUUUUUACCGAUACCGAUGUCAACCGAUAUAUGCAGUCGUGGAAUGAACACAUUAUUAUGCCUAAUUUGGACAACCAGGUAUGGUGAAGAUAAGGUACUUUUUUUUUUUAAAUAAUAAAAUAAGAUAACUAAAUUAAAAACAUUUUCUUGAAUAAAAAAGAAAGUAAAACAAUAUAAAAACAGUUACAUAGAAACUAGUAAUGAAUGAAAAUGAGUAAAAUGAACUGUUAAAGGUUAGUACUAUUAGUGGAGCAGCAGCACGCACAAUCAUGUGUGCUUACGGACUGUAUCCCUUGCAGACUGUAUUGAUAUAUAUUGAUAUAUCAUGUAGGAACCAGAAUAUUGAUAACAGAAAGAAAUGGGGGGAGGGAGGUUUUUUGGGUUGGUGCACUAAUUGUAACUGUAUCUUGUGUUUUUUAUGUUGAUUUAAUAAAAAUAAAAAAAUAAAGAUACAGAUAAUAAAAAAAACGAUACCGAUAAUUUCCGAUAUUACAUUUUAACGCAUUUAUCGGACAUCCCUAAUGAAAACAAUACACAACAAUACCAUAACAAUGCAAUACAAUUUCAAAAGCAAACCCGAGCCAGCAACAUCCAGAAUAGCAAUAAACAGAGCAAUUGAGGAGACACAAACACCACACGGAACAAUCCAAAAGUAGUGAGACAAAAAUGAAUAUUAUCAACAACAGUAUCAAUGUUAGUAAUAAUUUCAACAUAGCAGUGAUUAAAAAUCCCGCAUUGAUAUUAUCAUUACAAACAUUAAUUAAAAAAAAUGAACAAUAGUGUCACAGUGGCUUACACUUGCAUCGCAUCUCAUAAGCUUGACAACACACUGUGUCCAAUAUUUUACACAAUGAUAUAAUAAGUCAUAUUUUGGUUCAUUUAUCAGUUAAAACAAAUUUAAAUAAUGGAUCCCAUAUUCCAAUAUAUUACUCAUUAUUAUCUAAACUAAAUGCAGUUUUGUUCUACUGAUAUCAUCCCCAUAGCUUGUGUGUAGCAGUCAGUAUGAGUUGGACUAUCAACAUCUAUCCAUUUUUUUAAUUUACCCUUUUUGUUAUCAUGCAAAUUGAAAGAAAUGCAUUUUUACUCUUUGAUGACACGUUACUAAAUUGAUGGAGAUCCCCAAGAAUACAAGUUUGCAGUGUCAUUGGGAUGUUUAUAUUAAGGACUGUGAUUGCUUCUUUUGUUGUUUUCAACCAUAACUCUUGUAUUCUCUGACAUUCCCACAAUAAAUGAACAAUCAAUCAAUCAAUGUUUAUUUAUAUAGCCCUAAAUCACAAGUGUCUCAAAGGGCUGCACGAGCCACAACGACAUCCUCGGUACAGAGCCCACAUACGGGCAAGGAAAAACUCACCCCAGUGGGACGUCGAUGUGAAUGACUAUGAGAAACCUUGGAGAAGAUUGCAUAUGUGGGUAUCACAGUCACUUCCUAUUUGUAGUUGUAGACUGGGGUCCGCGCUUUGAACCAAGAUCUGUUAAGCUUUCCUACGCUUUGAGUCAAGUUUUGCUGAGCUUUGUCAGGCUUUCAUACGCUCUCAGCGCUUUAUUCCAUUCUUGACAGAGCGCAGAAUUGUUUUAAACCGUUUAAAAAAAUUUUGGCGCACUUGCCGCAUGUCCCGCUUCACUACAAGCUUUCCCACCAUCCAUUAGGACCCUCACGCUUUAAUCAGGCUUUGUUACGCUUUAACGCCGCUUUGCAUGCCGCUUUAAAGCGCCGUCAAAGCGCCGUUGGUGUGAACCUAGCAUUAGUGGCCAAUUGUACGGAAUAUGUACUUCACUGUGCAACCUACUAAUAAAAGUCUCAAUCAAUCAAUCAAUCAAUCAAAACUCUAGGGGAGACCGAAAGCAAUGGAUGUCGAGCUUUUAUGAUUUGAAGCGUUUAUAAUUGUAAAGGACAAUGUUUUAUCAACUGAUUGCAAUAGUGUACAUUUGUUUGAUCUAUUAAAUGAACCAAAAAUAUGACUUAUUUUAUCUUUUGUGAAAAUAUUGGACACAGUGUGUUGUCAAGCUUAUGAGAUGCGAUGCAAGUGUAAGCCACUGUGACACUAUUGUUCUUUUUUUAUAAAUGUCUAAUGAUAAUGUCAAUGAGGGAUUUUUAGUCACUGCUAUGUUGAAAUUGUAACUAAUAUUGAUACUGUUGUUGAUAAUAAUCAUUUUUGUUUCUCUACUUUUGGUUUGUUCUGUGUGGUGUUUGUGUCUCCUCUCAAUUGCUGUUUAUUGCAGUUCUGAGUGUUGCUGGGUUGGUUUUGGAAUUGGAUUGCAUUGUUAUGGUAUUGCUGUCUAUUGUUUUGUUGGAUUGAUUAAUAAAAAAUAGAUUUUUUAAAAA